ACAGACAGCGCGGGAGAAGACCCUCACCAGGCAGCGGGCGUCGUUAAACUGAUCCAUGACUGGAGCGAACUAUUCGAAAUUUCCCCAGCCCAGAAGAACUUGGAGCAAAGGUCGAUUAACAAUGCAACUCUGAAGCAUGCGCACGACGACAAGUGGGCUUUUGAGUCCUCGGUGUGGCUGGCAACGGGAAGGGUUCCGGCACUACGCCUGCCAAAAGCAGCAGCUGUACUCUUGUUUGGCGACAAGGAAUUUACGGUCGUAGUCGACUGGUGUUUGGCCUCGCACAUAGUUCCACAAGUGGCUGCUUGCCGGCUGGGGCAUGCUCAUCGGAGAACUAUUCCAGCUCAGGAACCUUCUCAAAAGCGUGUGCCGAAAAGAAGCGAUGGACGGUGGCGCGCGUGA